UGAAUUUCUUGACUUGAAACAAACUUUUAAUUUUCUAAUAAAUAGAAUUAAGUUACGCCUUCCUGGUAGUGGUAACUAACUAGUAUGAGUACUGUAGUAGUUAACUAGUUCGCUUACAUUUUUCUAAUAACAUGAAGGCCAGUAAAGCUAAGAACCAUCACAAUCCCUAUCGAUUUAAAGAAAUUAAACAGUGGAUUGUUUUAACUAGUUUCAUUUUCUUUGUUGUCAUAUACGCAUGCCUCUAUGAGAGGAAAUUUAGUGAAUUAUGUGUUCCAGUUGCUGUUGCAUUGUUCGUGUUUAUUUGUCAGAGAAUUUGUUUCUUCCUGCUAGAAAUAUUCAUGUACAGACAGUUUGACAUGUAUCAUACGCUGCAACUUUUGAUCCAACCCAGUAGCACUUCUUCUGAAUACCCGAAUGUGAACGGAUUUUGGUUAAGGAUUCUAGCAUUUUUUCUCUCUCUAUCACAGUGUUCUCCUAAGGAAAUCUGGUUUGAUAAUAAAUUUGAUAUAGUUGUAUUAGUCCUCCUGAUCAUUCUAGGAAUAGUGUUGGAAUGGCAAGACUGCGCCCUGUUGGAGUCUCGCAGGCUGACAAAGCCGUUAACCUACAGCGGUGGAAGUGCGAUGGCUUUCGGUUUUUAUCACGGUUACCUCAAGUUGAUUGCGCCUGGCUUGAUCAGCAGAAUAACUCAAUUUCAGGACUCAGAACAAAUCAAAGCCAACCAGAUUCCACAAAAAAAGCUUUACAUACUGAUUCCAUCAUCAUCAUUUGUUUUUGACAAACUUGAAGGCUAUCAGCAAUGGACAAAAAAACAGGAUCUCAAAAUCCACCAUGUUGCUGAAAAAUUCGAGAGUCACAGACAAGACAGAGUUUUAGUGAGAAACAGAACCUACUCAAAUACCAUGUAUAUAGUACAAUACAGUGAAAAGGAGCAAUAUUAUAUACUCCUUGAAGGGGCAACUCCUAUCAAGACAUUCUAUGAAACAUGUAAAGAGAUGAAUGAUUUUGAAAAAAACAAACAAGUAGUUGUAUCUUCAUUUUAUCACACCUUGAAAAAACUCAUUAAUAAAAACCCAGAGACGAAGAAUGUUGUUAAAUUGAUUUAUUAUGACGAUGAACAAAGAGAUGUUUCCAUUCCGGACAUCGUUAAAGAAAGAAUACUAAAGAAAAAAGACUAAGAAAAAGAAAUAUAAUGACAAGAAACAAACAAAAAUAAGGACAAGAAGAGAAAAACAAGUAAAAAGAAAAGGACAAAAAGAAGGAACUAAAGUAACAGAAGCUUUUCUUAUAUCAGAUUUUCAUUUUAUUAUAAAAUGACACAAGCAAAAUCAUCAAAAAAUAUUUUAUUCAUAAAUUCAUAACUUUACUAUUUUAUAAAUCUAAUUUAAAUUUUGUUAACUUUCUUUGAAAGCAAGACUUUUUGGAGAAUUUUUGAAGGUGUGACAAGUUGUAAAAAACAUUUGUGAAAAAACCAUGCAAAAUUUUAAGUGUAGUAUUAUAGUCGGGACCACGAAAGUUUGCCGUUGGCGGCAGCCAAUCACAAGACAAGCCUAGUUUCGACGUUGCCAUAUCGCCCGUUGACACUAAUUAAAAUACUAAACAAUAUUUUCAAAUCAGAUGGUAUUAUUAGAUUUGGCAACACCGCACUGUCCUCAUUGGCUCCUUCCAAGUCACGUGGUAAAUAGGCUCCUCCCUCAACUGCAAACUUUCGUGGUCCCGACUUUAGAUGAUAAUUUGAAAAACAGUCUUGUUAAAUAAUUUUAUUGCAUUGCGAAUGUUCACCACCGUUUAGUGCCAUUUUUUUAUGGUAGUCUCGCUCAAUGAAUUUCCAAAUAUCUCACAUUAAGGUAUAAAAAAGGGUAUAGAAAAUUUAGUUUAGUCUUUAGAAAGUUUUUGAAGCCUUGAAUAAUAUGCUCAAUAUAUAUUUUAGACAAAAUUCAUGUUAAUAGGAAUCAUUAUUUAUGAAAAAAAUUUAAAUUUAC